AUGCUGCAGCCUCUUCAUCAUGCCUUCUUAUUCCUCAUCCUCCUUUUCUCCCAAGCAAAUUCAGAAUCUUCAACCACUGAAAGGGCUAUUUUACUUAGCCUAAACCAACACUGGGGAAAUCCAUUUGACGAAUGGAACUCCACUUCCUGGCCGUGCGAGUGGCCUUAUAUUUCAUGCAUCAGAGGAAGCGUCACAGAGAUAUCACUCCCCGGAAUGAACAUUCAAGGAUCAUUCCCCUCAACCAUUAUAUGCCAGCUCAAAAACCUUACUUCAAUCAAUUUAAGUACCAAUAGUUUCAGUGGAACUAUACCAGCUAGUUUUUCCAGCUGCUUAAACCUUGAAACAUUGAGUCUGAACACGAAUUCUUUGACAGGAAAAAUACCAGGUGAGUUGUUUUCCAUGAAAAGGCUGCGUAGGUUGAGUCUUCGCCAAAACAAGCUGUCCGAGAUGCCAACAUCCUUGGUGCCUAACAGCUUGGAAUAUCUUGAUCUUUCAAGUAACCAAUUGAAUGGAUCCAUACCUGAUGAUAUAGGAAAUUUAUACAAUCUGCUCUCCUUAGAUCUGUCCAUGAAUUCUUUUAGUGGCUCAAUACCUGCCAGAUUGCUAGGAUUGCAUCAACUGAUUCAUCUUUCACUUGCUUUUAAUAGUUUGACUGGUGAAAUACCUGGAAAACUGGAUUUAUUUAAUCUGAAUGACUUAGAUCUUUCUCAUAAUCAUCUUAGUGGAGCGAUUCCAAGAGGUUUUGGAGAAUUACUGCAAUUGAGUUCUAUGGAUGUAUCUCAUAACCAGUUAUCUGGAGACAUAUGGGAAAGUGUUAGCCAUCUGAUGAGGGCUACACUGAAGCUUAGUAUUUGUAUGAACAACCUUUCUGGGAAAAUCCCUAAUAAACUAGUGAACGAAAGAUUUACCAGCUGCUUUGAUCCAGUUAAUAAAUGUUCAGAUGUAUUAACUGAGGGAUUGCAACCAUGCUCUUCAGAUCGGUGUUCUGAUUAUACAAUUCGACAAAACAUGGAUUGCAGUUCCAUGCCUAGUAAAUCGAAGAAAAAGAAUUACAUCAUUAUAAGUUGUGGUGCAAUUGCAGGGGUACUUAUUGGGAUAGUAAUCCUGUUACUUGUGUUCAGACAUGCAGGGAAAAGGAGAAAGAAAAAUGAUGGAGAAGAAUGGAGUGUGAUUCCAUUUCAAAGGUUGGAAUUCAAUAAAUGGGAAAUUUUGGGUGGUUUGACAGAUGAAAAUUUGAUUGGAAAUGGAGGGUCAGGAAAAGUAUAUAGAGUGAUUACUAGGAAAGGCCUGAGAGUUGCUGUUAAAAGUAUAAGGCAUGAACAAAAGCAAGGGCAGGGAUUAAUGGAGAAACAGUUCCUAGCAGAGGUUAAGAUCCUUGGGAGAAUCAAGCACAACAACAUAGUGAAGCUGCUAUGCUGCAUAAGAGGAAAGACUACUAAGGUUCUUGUGUAUGAGUACAUGGACAAACAAUGUGUUCAUAAAUGGUUGCAUGGAAAGAAGAAAUGCUUAACUACUCAAGUCUUGCAGUGGGAGAGAAGGCUAAAAAUUGCCAUUGGAGCUGCACAAGGCCUCUAUUAUAUGCAUCACAGUUCCAAUCCGCCCAUUGUUCAUCGAGAUAUCAAGUCCAGUAACAUACUAAUGGACUCCGACUUCAAUGUCAAGAUUGCAGACUUUGGACUGGCAAAGAUGCUAGUGAGUCAAGGAGAUCCAGAAACAGCUUCCGCUGUUGUGGGAACUUUUGGUUACAUUGCUCCCGAAUAUGGCAACACAAGAAGAGUGAAUACGAAGAGCGACGUCUACAGCUUUGGUGUAGUGCUCUUGGAAUUGACAACCGGGAGAGAAGCUGUGAGUGCAAAUUUGGAGAUGAACCUGGCACAAUGGGCACACAAACACCAAAGAGAAGGAAACUCGAUUGUAGACGCCCUCGAUGAAGAGAUCAAGGACCCAUGCCAUCUAGAGGCAAUGACCACUGUUUUCAAAUUAGGCCUUGCAUGUACUUUGAGUUCCCCUACAAGCAGGCCGUCCAUGAAAAACAUUUUGCAGAUUCUUCAAAGACAGGCCGUCCAUGAAAAACAUUUUGCAGAUUCUUCAAAGAUGCAGCGAAAACAAUCAUAA